CGGGGCCGCGGCUCGCGGCUCGUCCCGUCCCGUCCCGUGACGAAUCCAUUGACACCGGCACACGCACACGCACACCCGCACCGCGCGACGCGAGUACGCGACACAAACCGCUCGCGACGAGCCGUUUCGUUUAUUUUUACACCGCCCCGGCGCGGCGUGACGAGGCCUUUUCUUCUUUCUUUCAUCUCUCGCCGAGCCGAGCCGAGCCGAGCCGCGUGCCCCACCGAGAGAGGAAAGCAAAAGGUAGGGGGAGGAAAAUAUCCUGUGCCAGUAGAGCGGACACCAACGCCGCCACCACCACCGCCGCCGCCUCCUGAAUAGAUUAGGCGCGGAUAAUGGUGCGGGCCGGACCGCAACGCGCGGCGGAGGAGGACGCCGCCGGCGUCGGCGGCGGGUGGCGGCGGUAGCACACUGCUUAGCCUCUGGGGGCGAUACUACUGGCGACGGCACGGGAUAUGGAGGAGGAGGCGCCGCCCGCAGAUCCAACAACCGCUUCGUCCUCCUGCGUCGUCUAGUCUAGGCGCCGGCAGCUGCUGCUGGCUGCUGUGCUGUUCGUGCUGAUUCGGACGCGUCGGCAGCUGGUGACAAGUGGCUAGGGGGGGAAUCCGUGCGGGUCGGGGUAUGGUGGGCGCCGGCGAGGGGGAUCGCGUUGGCGGCGGGGCGGCGGUAGGGGGAGGGCAGCAGUUCGUGGACCGGAGCAAGGUGAGGAUUCUGCUCUGCGACAGCGACCCAAGUAGCUCACGGGAGGUGCUCCGCCUCCUCUGCAACUGCUCAUACCAAGUGACUUGCGCCAAGUCUCCGAGGCAGGUGAUCAACGUACUCAACUGCGAGGCGGGGGAGAUCGACAUCAUCUUGGCCGAGGUCGAUCUGCCCGUCUCCAAGUGCUUCAAGAUGCUCAAAUACAUCGCCAGGAACAAGGAAUUGCGCCACAUCCCCAUCAUAAUGAUGUCCAACAGAGACGAGGUCUCUGUUGUUGUCAAGUGCUUGCGUCUCGGGGCAGCCGAGUACCUGGUCAAGCCACUGCGCAUGAACGAGCUGCUGAACCUCUGGACCCAUGUGUGGCGGCGAAGGCGGAUGCUUGGUUUGUCGGAGAAAAACUUCUUCAAUGACAAUUUCGAGUUGGCGUUAUCGGAACCUAGUGACGCCAAUACCAACAGCACCACUCUUCUCUCGGAUGACACAGAUGAUAAGCCAAAAGAAAACAUUAAUCAAGAAACAAGCACCUCGAAUCAACAUGAAUAUGAGUCUAAUCCUUCUGAUGCUGAGCCUAAACAAAAAGGCACACCAGAGGGUUUACUAGUCUCUACUGAAGGCGGCGACCAAGCUUCAUCUCCCGGAGUAAUGUUUUCACGUCCAAUAAAGACUAACUUGAGGGUUGCUGAGUCUUCUGCUUUUCUAGCUUAUGUUAAGUCAAGCACCCCAACUACCAGCUCAUUUGACAGCGAACUACAAAAAGGUGGAAAUCGGUUAGACUCUUCGGAUCACAGGGGUAAUUUCUCUAGUACAACUGACAGAAGUGACACUGGCACUGAUGUAAAUAUUCGGGAUAAAGAAGCCUUUGAGAUGCCAGUGCAAUACCCUGUGGUAUGCUUUUCUUCCUCUAACUUGCAUCUGGAGCGAAGCAAUGAAGGCCAAAAUGAUGCUUCAGGAACUCCUCCUGUAUAUCAUUUUCCCUUUUAUUACCCAGGGAUGAUGGACCACGGUAUGACACAUCCUCCGGUGCAAAAUUUCCAAGGGAACAUAAACAACGCUCAAGUGCAUACACCACAAACGUUGCUCCCUCAGUAUAAUGUUUAUCCCCAAUGUCAUGGUGUAUCUAUGAUGCCACCAUUUCAGUAUAAUCCUGCUGGUAUGAGCAUUCAAUCAAAUCAACUGCCAACACAAAAUAUGUGGCCACAGGCAUCAAGCACACCAAUGCCCGAGGAAACAUGUAGUCGGUCUGAACGGAGAGCUGCAGCACUUGCCAAAUUCAGGCUGAAAAGGAAGGAACGUUGUUUUGACAAGAAGGUGAGGUACGUGAAUAGGAAGAAACUUGCUGAAACAAGGCCGAGGGUGCGAGGGCAAUUUGUUAGACAGGCAAACUAUACAGAUAUAACCAGCACUGGAGAUGAUAUCUCAGAAGAUGAAGAUGAUGAUCCAUCCUCCAGGGAGGUAGAGAUGGUUUCUUCUCCAGAGUAGUUUGAAAGGUUUUCCUAUAUGUAAAAUAGAGUGCAGAUGAUUACUGCUCACUUUGCAACUCAUUAGAUGUAGGCAAUACAUUUCUUCUGCUUUUAACUAGGCAAUACAUCCACUCGCUCACACACAAUACAUCCUUUUUGUCCCCCAAGGAACUUGUGGCAUAUCCAUCACUGUUACUAUGGACGUUUUGGAGAAAAUCAUCUUUGAAGGUGAGAUGUAAUUAUGCUAGUUAGUGAUGCAUAGGCCAGUCUAGAUCGUAACCAUCUUGUUUCAGAAUCUUAUAGGACUUUACUCAGUGCUCCUUCUUAGACACGUUUUUACUUCCAUUUUCUCGAUGUUGGAGGCUGUCCAUGUUUGAACAUCGUGUUCUACCACAGAAGUCGAUUUUGGAGGUUGUACAUGUU